CCAGAUAAAACGAAGAAGAAGAAAAUCCCCGAAGAAGAACGAAACUGACAGACAAAAUGGCAGCCGAACAAAGCUAGCUGCUUGGCUAAUGUUAAUAAUCAACUGCAGUCUGAGGAAGGAGCACCAACAACGUUACCCAACGUUUCCAUACGAAUGAAAGUUUAUCCUCCUUUCAUUUGAGAGAUGAUGAGCCAGCGCCGUGGGAUCCAUCUAGACCAAUCAGAGCUGCUCUGCAAGAAAGGAUGUGGAUUUUAUGGCAACACAGGUUGGCAAGGCCUGUGCUCAAAAUGUUGGCGAGAAGAAAAUCAGCGAGAAAAGCAAAAACAGAUCCAAGAAGACUGGGCUCUUGCAGAAAGGCUGCAGAGAGAGGAAGAAGAAGCCUAUGCAAGCAGACAUCAGAAGACCCAAUCACAGCCUGCAGUCACACCCUUCAGCAAGUUUGAAGAACGAAAAACGAAGGAAAAGUCCAGCAAAGUCAACACUGUCACAAAGUUUUUCAGUCCCUCCAUAAAAACACCACCAAAAAAAGACGCUGCUCCCUUUGACCCGCACUCCAGUCCAAGCCCCAGCUCCUCAGCAAGCCGACCAUCUGUGGACAGUGACCAUGCAACGCGAGAGUUCAUAGAUUUUCUCAAACCUUUGAAGUCUGGGAGGGAAGUCUUCAAACAGUGCCGAGCUUUCACUGAGAGCAUGGUGUACAAGCGGGAAAUGGGAGCUGAUGAGCUGUCAGAGUGUGUUCAAGACUUCUACCAGAACCUCUCAGAGCGCCUUCAGACUCAGUUCAAAGGGUCUUCAGAUCAGGUGGAGACUGUUAUGGACGAAGUGGAGAAGUACAUGAUGACUCGUCUCUACAAAGAGGUUUUCUGUCCUGAAACCACAGAUGAUGAGAAGAAAGACCUGGCCAUUCAGAAGAGAAUCAGAGCCCUGCACUGGGUCACCAUUGAGAUGCUGUGUGUGCCUGUAGAUGAGGAGAUCCCAGAGGUCUCUGACAGCGUAGUCAAAGCCAUCACUGAUGUGAUUGAAAUGGACUCAAAGCGCGUGCCCAAGGCCAAGCUGGGCUGCAUAACUCGUUGCAGUAAGCACAUCUUCAACGCUAUCAAAGUGAGCAAGAAAGAGGCGGCGUCUGCAGACGACUUCCUCCCCACCCUCAUUUACAUUGUGCUGAAAGCCAAUCCCCCACGACUGCAGUCCAACAUCCAGUACAUCACCCGUUUCUGCAACCCCAGCAGACUCAUGACCGGAGAGGAUGGCUACUACUUCACCAAUCUGUGCUGCGCAGUUGCCUUCAUCGAAAAGCUCGACGGCCAGUCUCUGAAUCUUACCUCUGAGGAGUUUGAACUCUACAUGUCCGGGCAGGCGUCCCCCCACUGGCCACAGUCCGCUGGUGCGUCCUCCUCCUCCCCCGGCAGCGCAGCUCUCACUCAGGUCCACAAAGGUCUGGACCUGCUGACGGGGCUGGGCGAGAGGCAGGAGCGGGUGAUGGAGAAAGCUCGCCAGCUGGAGAGCGACCUCAUCGACUGGACUGACGAGGUGGAGCAGAAGGUUCAGAGCGUUCUGGAGAGCUUCACACCAGAGGCACAGAACCCCGCCGCAGCCACCGCUGGCGGGACGGCGCCUGCCCCAUCCGGGGCAUCAGCCAUUGACUCUGAUAACGUUGAGAACGAGCUGCUGCCACCUCCGCUUCAGCCUCAAGUCUUUGCUGGCUGAUGUGACAGGUUUUUCCUGUGGAACCAUUCACUUCCUUGCUGUUAAACUUUACUAUCCAUAUGCUGAUACAGCAUUGUUAUGAUCCAAUUUCUUCCCAGCCACCUCUGUCCCUUUCUUCCCCCUCCCCCCCCUUUUUUUUUUGCCUUAGAGGCCCUAAAACUUACACAAGAGUAAGGUAACUGUUGGACUACUGGACCAAGUAGAUGUUCUGCUAGUGCACUUGUUUGCUGUCUCUCAGAGAGUUUGUCAAAAAGAUUGAGACCACUCCAGCACCAGGACUGUGAACAUCUAAUAGCAGCUAGAUGCUAUAAGAAAUGUAAAAGAAAGGUAACAGCUGGGUUGGCUGUCAGCAUGUCACAAACCUGUUCUACUAGCUCCUUUAAAACUUGCUAAUCAGCAUUUCAUAUGUUGCCUAGUUUGUACCCUUUUUAUCUGCAUACGACAUCUGCUUACAAGUUGAGCCUUGUCACCUGUACAUGAAGCAAAGCCGUCCGCGUUCACACACCUCCACCCCUUUUAUGCUCAGCUAACAUACUCAUUCCUGCUUUUAGCUGAAUAUCGGACUUAAAAUGGUUUGCAUUAUCAUAAUUUCAAAAAGAAGGCAAAUAAGUACAAUUUCAGAAAUUGUCAUAUUAUUUCUUCAUAAAAGGCAACACGAGGAGUUUAGGAGACCAAGUAUGCUUGAUUACACCUAAUCAUGUCCAGGUAUGAGCCUGUGUGCUCUUUUCUGGUCGAUCUUUGUAUUACAAAGGAAAAAAUGAGUUCAUUCUGAGCUCUACUUGGAUUUUUCUGCUUGCCAUCCACCGUGGAAUCUUCAGUACCUCAGAAAUCUUUUAUUUUGUUACACUUACAUUUGUUCAGGCAAGAUAAAUGUUUGGUUUAGCUCUCAAACAUUCAGUGGAGAUCCCUACUUUAGAUGUAAGCUAGCAUGAAGAACUGUCUGUUAGGCGUCUUCUUUGAAUUAUGGUUACAACGAAGAGGGGGGGAAAAAUCUGCUGGGAAAUCUAAAUUAUGCAGAACUAGAGUUCCCGUCCCAGAAAUGGCUUUCCUGCUCAUGCUCAUGAUCCGUGCUGUAUUUCCGAGAGCAAAAAAAAACAACAGAUGAGUAAAAGGUUGCGUGCGUGAGUGUGGCAAAUGUGCACGAGUGUUGCAUGCCCGUGUUGGGUUCAUGCCAGCCGAGGGAGAGCCCUGCGGUGGUGAGAGUGGAUGUUGUAGUCACUCCAGUCACGAGCUGGAUGAAAAGAAGCUAUUUUAUUUUUCUAUAAACUGACACGUAUCAAUUCUCCUGGAUGCAUCAGUCCUGUAAUAUUUACAGUCGUUUAAACAACCGUGGUGUGAGCAUGUCUGCUAAAAGAACAGCUGAAGGGGAUCUUUUGCUCUCCCAAAGCUGUGGAAUGAAACUGUUUUUUUUUUUUAAAGACAAAUCCCUCCCAGCUGAGUUGUUCCUAAUUAUUUUUAAGCACUUUUUGGGGAGGAUUUUAAAGCUAAAGCUCCUCAUUCAUAUUAAAGUAAUGGCUCUUAACUGUGGAAAAGACAAAAUUAUUGGUAGAAGCAGAUUCAUUUUAAAGACGUCUGUUUUGUAAGUCUAAUUGAGAAGGAUAUCUUGGCAAUAGCUUGAAAAAUGAAAGGCACACUUUCUUUUACCUCACCUAAGGAGGUACUUUUGUUGUUUGUUGUUGCUAGAUUGGAUUUGUUGCUAUAUUUGAAUCAGUAUAGGCAGCCUGCGACUGUUAUGGCAUUUUGAUUUGAUUGAAAGGUUUUGAAUGCAAAUUUUGCAUUAGCUUAAAUCAACCUUUUUUGCACUGUAUGCAAGUUAUUUAUCAGGUAUUGUUAGACAUUUGUUACAUUAUAGGCUUGUUACUGGGAGAGAAUAACUCAAGACUGUCUUUUAUUUAAAUGUAACUUAUUGGGACAGUAUUGGCAUAUUUGCAUCCAUGGGUGUGUGAUGAUUAAUAAAAAUCUAAGAAUCUGUUUCCCC